GAAAUACUUUUACUUUGAAAGUCAGCCUCUGGUAUCCGUUACAUCUUCUCAGAAGAGGAACGUCGAACGGAACACAUUUUUGUUUUCUGUUUUUACAUUGAAAUAUCAAAAAGAUUCCACAAAACGACUUUGCAAUCUGGAACAGGAUUUAGAAAGGCAGCCAAUCGUCGACACCAAAACCAGUCACCGGGAAGUUUACGCUUCUUUUUCUUUUUGGGUACCGCGACCGCCAGCGGCAAGUGAAGACGCUCUCAUCAUCCAUCCUUUGGUCUCGUCACCUCGCUCGUGAGAUGUCGCUCUCCUUCUCCGGACCGUUCACCAGUUCGCCAGUAAAGCGACGCCUCAGGUCAAGCUCCACCUACCCGAGCCCGGACGUGUCCCUGUUGUCUCCUGACUCUUCGUAUGUGUGCUACUCGGCGGGGUCCACGCCGGAGGCUGGCGUCCAUUCCCGCUGCUGCCGCCGCUCUCCCCGCCUCCUCACCAACGGCUACUACACUGUGACCGACGACAGCUUUCUGUGGGAUGAGGAUGGCACGGUGUUGUUGACGCCCUGCGCUGCCAGCGUGUCCUACAAGGAAACCGUUUUCAGGGUGUUCCGUAGACGGCGACGUAAAGUGGGCGGCUCCCUGGCUCGCCUGCUGAGCGACGUCAGCAAGAGCUGCCAGACCUGGCUGGACAGCAGGCUGUUUGGGGGUGUUUUCACCACAAGCCAGGACCUGGACCCAAGGAUAGAGCAGGACAACCCGCAUCUGCUCCAUGACCAGGACCAAGACGCGGCCCAGCAGGAAGGAUUCACUUGGCCUCAAGAGCAGAGCCAAUCCGGUCUCGGCCAAAGACAAGCGGACAACUGCUGCAGCAUCUUCACUUACGAUCCGAGCGAAGUGAAGCCUCCCCCUGACAAAGAGGCUACCCCGCGCUCCAAGCAGAUGAUCCAAGAGGAGAUUUGCUCAGAAAUAUAUCAAUCAAGCAAGCGCUUUGACAAGGCGCUAGGUGAACUCACGGAGUUCCCGCCUCCUUCCGCCUUUUACGCCAGCGCCUGCCGGCAGCCCGACGUGCCUCACCGUGCAGGGUUAAGGCUGAUGAGCCUUCUCGCUUUGGUCUUUGUCGCCUCCGUCUUCGUGACGCUCGGCUCAGGGUGUCCGGUGUGGAGCGCGGCAGCAGCUUGCAUGAUUACGACGACGACGACAUGCCUCUGUGUGAGCUGGUGGCCUCGGCUGGAUUGGAGACGUACCAAGACUGAGGACAUCACUUCACGCAAUGAGUGACCUUGCAGACCACAAUUCCACCAAUGCAUGCGCACGCACAUGAUUUCUAUUUAUUUUUAUUUAUAUAUCGAACAAAUCCACUCUGACACUUUAAAGAAAAAAAAUAGCGUAGCAAAUGAACAAGAGACAAUUUGGAGGAAACAUUUGUGGCCCUUUUAUCGAUCGCUCAUUGUUGCAUUAGCAACAAAUGAUGCGCUUGGCAUCGCCAUGGCGACCAAACGUUGUUUUUCAACAAAUUUCCUGAUGCUGUUUUUCCAAGGCCUUUAAGAACUCAGUGACAUCUCUCUCGCCUUUGGUCAUGGGUGCAUUUGCAUUUUUUUUAUUGUGUGGAGCAAGAAGGUUAAAAUGUGUUUUUAUUUACUAAAACAUUCAUUUUUUGCUUUUAUUUAUGAUUUAUAUUUGUCAGCCAAUCAAAAUACAGUAUAAUCAAUGUCACAUGUAAGCGUGACACGUGUGUGUCCAACACUUCCCAGUUUUACUUUUAUAGAUGCACAUUAAAAUGUCAUAUUUGUCCUUC